AUGGGAAGAGGAGAGGAAAAGACAAAUCCUACAAGACUAGCUGUUGUUAACUUCGAGCUUUGUAAGCCAUCCCAAUGUGCGUCUGAGUGCAGGAAGGCAUGCCCUGUGAACAAGACGGGAAAGGAAUGCAUAAAGAUAGAGAAGAAGUCUAUAAUAAUGGAAAACCUAUGCAUUGGGUGUUCUGCAUGCCAGAAGAAAUGCCCCUUCAAGGCCAUUUCCAUCAUCAAUCUUCCAACAAAUCUGAAUAAGGAGAUAACGCACAGAUACGGAAUGAAUGGAUUCAAGCUGCACAGGCUUCCAAUCCCAAGGCCUGGGAAGGUACUUGGGCUAGUAGGGACAAACGGAAUUGGAAAGAGUACGGCACUAAAGAUUCUUUCUGGAGAAAUAAAGCCUAAUCUUGGGAAGUAUGAUGAUCCCCCUGGGUGGGAGGACAUCCUGGGGUAUUUCAGGGGAUCUGAGCUCCAAGGAUAUUUUACCAAGAUCCUUGAAGGACACCUGAAGAUAACAUCUAAGAUACAGUACAUUGAUAGGCUUCCAAAGUUGUUGAAGAAGAAAUUUAACGCCAAGUUGAAGAGUUCGCUGGAGAGCCUAUCGUUGGACGAAAGCAGAGAAACAUUAAGUGACAAGCUACUUGUCAAAGAUGUACUUGAAGAGAUGGACCGAAGAGGGAAGAAGAGCUAUUACAUAGAGAAAAUGUAUCUUGGAAAUAUACUCGAUAGGGAUGUUGAAGAGCUAAGUGGAGGAGAGUUGCAGAGAUUCUCCUUAGCAUUAGCAUGCAUGCAAGAGAGCGAUGUAUAUAUAUUUGAUGAGCCUUCGAGUUAUCUUGAUGUCAAGCAGAGGCUUUCUGCUGCAAAGGAGAUUAGAGACCUUUGCGAAGACAAUAGCUAUGUGAUUGUUGUCGAGCAUGAUCUUGCAAUACUGGAUUUGAUGAGUGACUUUGGAUGUGUACUAUAUGGGCAGUCUGGUGCUUACGGGGUGAUUACUGCGCCAUAUGCCAUAAAGUCUGCAAUCAACAUCUUUCUCGAUGGCUACAUCCCGACGGAAAACAUGAGGUUUAGACCUUCUGAGCUCAAGUUUGACAUUUCUGAAAGACCUACUAAGGACAUGGAGAAAAGGGCCCAGUACUGGUAUGGAGGCAUGACAAAGACCCAUGGAUCAUUUAAACUGGAGGUGAAGGAAGGGAGCUUCAGCGAUUCCGAGAUCAUUGUGUUUCUAGGGGAAAACGGAAUGGGAAAGACUACUCUUGUCGGCCUAAUUGCCGGUCUCAUAAAGCCAGACGGAGAAGAGGAGUUUACUAAGCUAAGCUAUAGCUUGAAGCCCCAAAAGAUACUUCCCAAGUACAAGGGCACUGUCAGAGAGCUCUUUAUGUCAAAGAUCAGAUCGUCGUUUCUUGACCAAUCGUUUGUAAAUGAGGUUAUAAAGCCACUUGGAAUCGAGUAUACCUAUGAUCAGCGGGUUCAGAACUUGAGUGGAGGAGAGCUCCAAAGGAUUGCAAUAGCCAUAUGUCUUGGGAAAGACGCAAACAUAUACCUUAUUGAUGAACCGUCGGCAUUUCUCGAUUCCGAUCAGAGAAUAGCAAUAUCGAAGAUCAUAAAGAAGUUUAUAUAUUCAAAUGGCAAGAUAGCAUUUAUUGUCGAGCAUGACCUUAUAGUUGGGACAUAUCUUGCAGACAAGGUGAUUGUGUUUGAGGGAGAGCCCGGGGUUUCAAGUGUGGCCUCGGCCCCAAUGGACCUUCUGACAGGCAUGAAUAUCUUCCUUAAGAACUUGGAUGUGACCUUCCGAAGGGAUCCAAGUAAUCUAAGGCCCCGUAUCAACAAGCCAGGGUCUGCAAAGGAUAGAAUGCAAAAGGAAAACAACCAGUACUUCUUCUCUUAA